UACCUCUUCCCUUUUCCCUCCCCGGGUGUGGACUCCUCUGAGCUGCCCGGGGGAGGUUGGAAACGGGGACAGACAGACAGCAGCCUCGGUGCACCUUGCCCCGGGCCUGGAGGAAGUGAGCCCGGUGGGCGGCUGGACCUGGGCCUCCUGGCCCUAGAGGGGUCGCGGGCCGAAAAAGGGUGGGAGAGAAGGAGGAGAGCAGCCGAGAAAAGAGGAAGAAGCCGGGGAGGAAGAGGAGGGAGGCCGGCAGGGCCUGGGGGAUAGAGAUGGCUGGAUCGAGGGUGGGCCGUUGCAUCCCCGGACCCCGUCUGCCCUUCCAGGAACGAGGGCGGAGCGGCACACGCCGGCCCCGACAUGGCGCACCCCGGCCCUGACCUGGCCCGCCCCGGCCCCGCCGUGGAAGCCCUGCUGCGGAGCGUGGAGAGGGACCUGCACAUCGACCCCCGGCAGCUGGCACCCGGCCCCGGCGGCACCCACGUGGUGGCCCUGGUGCCCACCCGGUGGCUGGCGAGCCUGCGGGAGCGGCGGCUGCCCCCGGCCCCCGGGUCCCGGCCCGAGGGACCCAGCGAGGCGGAGGCCAGGACCCUCCUCCAGCGCUCCGUGCAGAAGCUGCCGGCCGGCUGGACCCGCCUGGAGGUGCACGGGGUGCGCAAGCGGCGGCUGGCCUACCCGCUGGCCCCGGGCCCCGGCCCUCCGGAGCGGGGCGAGGCGCCCGACACCCUCGCUCGCUUCAUGAGGGACGUGGCCGCCCAGAACUACCGGAACCUGUGGCAGGAGGCCCACCGGACCCGCAUGCGGCCCUACUGCCUCGGUCCCUCCCCGCCCGCCCCGUCCGCCUUGGACUCCGUGCGCCAGGCCCUGCAGAGGGUCUACGGCUGCCCCUUUCUCCAAGUCGGGAGAGGGGCCCGGUGCCCGUCUCCCGCCAAGGACGGGCCCCCGGGCCCCUGGGGUGGCCCCUCGUGCCCCAACCUCCUGCGAGCCGAGGCGCUGGUGGAGUCCGCGGAGAUGCUGUACGUGCUGUACCCCUACGUCCAGUUCUCCCUGCACGACGUGGUCACCUUCAGCCCCGCCAAGCUGACCAACAGCCACGCCAAGGUCCUCUUCAUCCUCUUCCACGUGCUGCAGGCCAUGGCCGCCUGCCACCGCCAGGGCCUGGCCUGCGGGGCCCUGUCCCUCCACCACGUGGCCGUGGACGAGAAGCUGUGCAGCCAGCUCCGGGUGGACCUCAGCGCCUACGAGAGACCGGAGGAGGAGAUGGAGGAGGAAGAGGGGCAGGAGGAGGAGGAGGAGCCGGGGGCGGGGGCCGGGAGGGACGGGGCCGGCGGCGGUCCGGCCCGGGGAGCCCCUCCGCGCGGGGAGCUGAGGGGGCUGGUGUGGGACUGGGUCCACGGCCGCCUCAGCAACUUCGACUACCUCAUGCAGCUGAACCGGCUGGCCGGCCGCCGGGUGGGGGACCCCAACUACCACCCGGUCCUGCCCUGGGUGGUGGACUUCAGCAGCAGGAACGGCGGGUUCCGGGACCUCAGGAAGUCCAAGUUCCGCCUCAACAAGGGCGAUAAGCAAUUAGACUUCACCUACGAGAUGACCCGGCAGGCGUUUGCGGCCGGCGGGGGCAGCGGGGAGCCCCUCCACGUGCCCCACCACAUCUCGGACGUGCUGUCCGACAUCACCUACUACGUGUACACGGCCCGGAGGACCCCCAAGGCCGUGCUGUGCGGCCACGUGCGCUCCCAGUGGGAGCCCAACGAGUACCCGGCCAGCAUGGAGCGCAUGCAGAGCUGGACCCCGGACGAGUGCAUCCCCGAGUUCUACACCGACCCCUCCAUCUUCCGCUCCAUCCACCCCGACAUGCCCGACCUGGACGUGCCCGCCUGGUGCCGCUCGACCGAGGAGUUCGUGGAGGCCCACCGGGCGCUGCUGGAGAGCCCCGAGGUGUCGCGGGACCUGCACCACUGGAUCGACCUCACCUUCGGCUACAAGCUCCUGGGCAAGGAGGCUCUGAAGGAGAAGAACGUCUGCCUGCACCUGGUGGACAACCACACCCACCUGGCCAGCUUCGGGGUGGUCCAGCUCUUCGACCAGCCCCACCCGCAGCGCCGGGUGGGACCCCCGCCCGCCCCCGCCGAGCCCCCGCCGCCGGCCCGGCCCCCCGGCCCCGGCGUCCGGGAGAUAGCCGGCCGGGAGGACGGGUGGGCCCCGGCGGGGGGCGGGCCCGGCGGGCCGGUGCCGGAGGCCACCGCCUGCGACGCCGGCUGGAUCGGGGAGCGGCCGGCCGGGGGCGAGGAGGAGCUGGAGCAGGGCACCGAGGCGCUGGAUUCGCUCUCUCUGUCCGGGAAGGCGGCCGAUCAGCCCCGCUCCGGGCCGGCGGCCGGCCGGCCCGUUCGGAGGAGCCGCGCCGGAGGGGCGGAGCCGGCCGACGGCGACCACGCCGCCGCCGACCGCGGCAAAAUCGCCCUGCCCGAGGGCUUCAACCCCCUGCAGGCCCUGGAGGAGCUGGAGAAGCUGGGGAACUUCCUGGUCAGAUCCUUGAACGGCGGCGGCGGCCGGCCCGAGGGGCCGGAGCCCCCCCGCGCCCCACCCCCCCAGAAACUGGCGGACCUCUUCCAGCGGGACAUGCAGGCGCUGGGCGUCCUGAUCGCCGAGAUCGUGUUCGCCCCCAGGUUGCGCUCGCUGCCGCCGGGCGCCCCGCUCCCGGACCGCCUCGUCCGCGUCCGUGGCCUCUGCUGCCGCCACCCUAGGGAGAUCCCCGGGCCUCUGCAGCCGGUGCUGGACACGCUGCUGCAGCUCGGCCGCCCCCUGGGACCGCCCCCGCCCGAGGGGCCGGCCGGGGCCCAAGGGGCCGCCCGGCUCUGGACCUACCCCCAGAUCUGCCGGGGCCUCCCGCCGCCCUGUCCCGCCCAGCUCCUCAGCCCCUUCAGCGCCGCGGUCCCCUUCCCCCCGUACUUCCCGGCCCUGCACCAGUUCAUCCUGCUGUACCGGGCCUGGAGCGGGGAGGGGGAGCACCAGGGCCGGGAGCUGGUCUGCCAGCUGUGGCGGCGGCUGGAGGGGAUCCUGGGCGAGAUCACCCCCGAGGGCCUGGAGAUCCUGUUGCCCUUCAUCCUGUCGCUGAUGUCCGAGGAGGACACCGCCGUCUACGCGGCCUGGUACCUCUUCGAGCCCAUCGCCGGGGCCCUGGGCCCCAAGAACGCCAACAAGUACCUGCUGAAGCCCCUGGUCGGGGCCUACGAGAACCCCCGCUCCCUGCGCGGCCGCUUCUACCUCUACACCGACUGCUUCGUGGCCCAGCUGGUGGUGCGGCUCGGGCUCCAGGCCUUCCUGGGGCACCUGCUGGCGCACAUCCUGCAGAUCCUGGUGGGCGUCGAAAGCCCGCAGGAGGAGAGCCGGACCCUGGCGGGGGCCGCCGAGGACGACGCCAAGGAGGGCGGGGAGGAGGGCGGCGGCAGCGGCGGGGGCGGCCCCGGCCUGGGGGCCUUCGGGGAGGAGAGGGAGAUGGAGGGCGAGCCCGGCCCCUCCUCCGGGCUGGGGCUCCUGGAUUACACAUCCGGGGUCAGCUUCCACGACCAGGCCUACCCGCCCGAGAGCGAGGACUUCCAGGAGGGGCUGUACGUGGCCGAUUCCCUGCGGCCCCAGGAGCCCGAGUCGCUCAGCCUGGGGCGGCUGAGCGACAAGAGCAGCGCCAGCGAGGGGUCUCUGGGCGACGGGUCUCUGGGCGAGGGCCGACCCGGGGACCCCGACUCCCAGAAGGACAAGAGCAGCCUCAAGUCCGGGGACAGCAGCCAGGACCUGAAGCAGAGCGAAGGCUCGGAGGAGGAGGAAGAUGGGGAGGAGGAGGACGACGAGGACGAGGAAGAGGAGGACGAGGGGGCGGAGGACCAGGACGAAGGGGACGAAGAGGAGGAGGAGGAGGAGCGGGAUGGUGCCGUGGCGGGGCAGGACCUCGCCCUCUCGGACCCGGCCGUCUCCAUAGAUGCCGUCCUGGCCGACGGCGGAGGGGAAGUGGAAGGGGAGGAGCUGAGUGACCGAUCGGAGGACAAGGAGCGGAAGAUCCUCCUGGACACAGCCUGCAAGAUGGUGAGGUGGCUCUCGGCCAAACUGGGCCCGACCGUGACCUCGCGCUACGUGGCCCGGAACCUGCUCCGCCUGCUGACGGCCUGCUACGUCGGUCCCGCUAGGCAGCAGUUCACGGCGGGCGACAGCGACCACACCCCCCUGGGCUCCGGCAGCAUCUACCAGAAGCGGCCAGUGGUGGGGGACCAGGUGUCCAGGCCCGUCCUGGACUGCCUCAUGCACGUGGCCCACCUGUACGGGGAGCCGGUCCUCACCUACCAGUACCUGCCCUACAUCAGCUACCUGGUGGCCCCCAGCGGCGGGACCGGGGUCAGCCGGUUGAACAGCCGGAAGGAGGCCGGGCUGCUGGCCGCGGUCACCCUGACCCAGAGGAUCACGGUGAACCUCUCGGACACCACGCUCAUGGACAUCCUCCCCAAGAUCAGCCAGGAGGUCCUGCUCCCCGUGCUGGGCUUCCUGACCUCCCCCCUUACCAGUUUCCCGAGCGGCUCCCAGGCCCGCACCGUCCUGUGCAUGAAGACGGUCAGCUUGAUCGCCCUCAUCUGCCUGCGAAUCGGGCCGGAGAUGGUCCAGCAGCACCUGAGUGACCCGGUCGCCACCUUCUUCCAGGCCUUCUCCCUGCUGCACGAGCUGCAGCAACAGGGCCCGACGCCGGAGCCCCUGAACCGCGGGGAGAGCCGGGUGCUGGAGUUGCCCUUCUCGGACGGGCAGGUGCGGCCGGUGGACCUGUCCGUGCGCGAGGAACUGCAGGAGGUGUUUAGCCUGGAGAUGGCCUAUGCCACCUUUGUGCCCUUCUCCUGCCUGCUAGGUGACGUCAUCCGCAAGAUCGUCCCGAACCACGUCCUGGUGGGCCAGCUGGCGGCCGCGUACCUGGAGAGCGCCAGCCCUCGGGACCGAGAUCCCGGUAACCCGGAGCCCACGGCCAGCGUCUCCUGCCCGGAGCGGGACCCCCGAGGGGGCGGCCGCCAGGAGGACGGGCACUCGGGCACCUUCGGCAGCGUCCUGGUGGGGAACCGGAUCCAGAUCCCCACGGACGCGCAGCCUCUGGGCCCCGGGUCCCCAGGGGCCGGCGCUGGGGCGGCCGAGUCCGGCCUGGCCGGCGAGGAGAACGCCCUGAAGCGGGACCUGCCCCGGAGCGCCCACGGGCUGUGCGGGAACUGGCUGGCGUACUGGCAGUACGAGAUCGGCGUCAGCCAGCACGAUGCCCACUUCCACUUCCACCAGAUCAAGCUGCAGAGUUUCCACGGUCACACGGGGGCCCUCAAGUGCGUGGCCCCCCUGGCCGGCGAGGACUUUUUCUUGAGCGGCAGCAAGGACAAGACGGUCCGCCUCUGGCCCCUGUACAACUGCGGCGACGGCACCAGCGAGACGGCCUCGCGCCUGGUCUUCACCCAGCACAGGAAGUCGGUGUUCUUCGUCAGCCAGCUGGAGGCCCUGCAGCAGGUGGUGAGCUGCGACGGGGUCAUCCACGUGUGGGACCCCUACACAGCUAAAGUCCUGCGGACCGUGGAGGCGGACAGCCGGGCGCCCCUGACGGCAGUGGCCACUAUGCCGGCCCCCCAUGCCAGCAUCACCCUGGCGAGCGCCGACUCGGUCCUGCGCUUCGUGGACUGCCGGAAGCCAGGCCUGCAGCACGAGUUCCGGCUCGGGGGCGGCGUGAACGCAGGGUUGAUCCGCUCACUGGCCGUCAGCCCCAGCGGCCGCAGCGUCGUGGCCGGCUUCUCUUCCGGCUACAUGGUGUUGCUGGACACCCGGACGGGCCUCAUUCUCCGGGGCUGGCCGGCCCACGAGGGAGACAUCCUGCAGAUCAAGGCAGUGGAGGGCGGCGUCCUUAUCAGCUCAUCCUACGACCACGCGCUGACCGUGUGGAAGGAACUGGAGCAGAAGCCCGUGCACCAGUACAAGUCCGUCUCCGACCCCAUCCACACCUUUGACCUCUAUGGCAGCGAGGUGGUGACUGGCACCGUGGCCAACAAGAUCGGGGUCUACUCCCUGCUGGAGCCGGCCCCCCACCCUCCCAGCACCGCUAAGCUGAGCUCCGAGAACUUCCGCGGGACCCUCACCAGCCUGGCCGUGCUGCCCACCAAACGCCACCUCCUGCUGGGCUCCGACAACGGCAUCAUCCGCCUCCUGGCCUAGGUCGCCGGCUCCCCGGCGUCAGCCGUGCCCUUCCCGCCCCGGGGCGGGGGUUGCCGCCGCCGCUCGGACCGGAGGGCGUCUUUCCGGUGGCCCCGAGACUUCCACACCGUGUGUGCCUGACACUCGGGGGGUGGAGGCUCUGCUCCGUGGGGGUCCCGGGGGCGGGGAGGAACUCCACGGGGGCUACCGCCUACCCGGCCACCCUCAGGCCCAGCUGGCGUCCUCUGACUGAACCCCGCCCUCCCACCCGGGAGACCGGGCACUAGUGCUACAGGGAGGGCCUUGGGGAGCGGGGGGCCUGUGCCUUGGGGAGUUUCAGGGAUCCCCCACCUAAAGGGCAUUUCCCCACUCCAGUUUACCCAGCUUUCCUAGCUUGGCAAGCUCUAGGCCGGAGGGCGAGGGUCCGGGCAGCUGCCGAGGCUCUUAAUUGGCCGUCUCCCUGGCGGAGGCUGAAGAAACAGUUAGCUCCAUCCCCACCCCCAACACCACCUGUGAACUUGCAGGGGAUCGCUCGCUGCCUUCCUCCCUGCUUCCGUCCCCUUCCCUCCUCCCUGCCUUAGGUUGCUUCCUGGCCCCAGGAAUGGUGCAUGUACCCUCUUAGCCCACCCGUUCCUAACUAAGUCUGCCCUGUCCUCACCGUCCCCUGUGACUCCUUACCUCUUGGGGUUGCAUUUUGUCCCUCUCCUCCCACCUGUUCCUCAAGGUCUGGGAUCUGUGUGGGGAAAAAAGACCCCAGGGACCUCGAGAGAGGGGCAGAGCUCUCGAGCUCUUUCUGGAGCGCGGGAGGGGAUACAUCCAGGUGGAUUUGAGGCAGAGGGGGUGUGGCUCUUGUUCUCUGCCCUUCCGCUGCUCCAGAGGCCUCUGGGAAGUGCCAGGGCAAGAUGGUCAUUCCAGGGGCAGAGCUGGUUUGGGAAGUUCUUGUCUACUCUCGUGGGACAGAUCCUCCCUUCUGAGGGGCUUCCUUCCAGGACGGAAGCCAGAAGGGGCACAAAUCCGGGGCCAAGCAAGGAGGCUCUGGGGUUGGACUGAAGGGUUCCCAACUGCUCUCCUGUAGUGGGGAGGGAAGAACCCCUCCGCCCCCCGCAACCUUCCUCGCGCCCGGCUGCCCGUCCCACCACCGUUCUGUGCCUUGAGCAGAGGGGGAGGUCCUGGUCCAGGCCCAGGACUCUCCCCCACCAACCCGCCGCCCCUCGGGCCACCCUCUCUCCUGCCCUCCCCCCCAGCCCGGAAGCCUUUUCGAAACUGGGUCAGUGGCCACGGGUAAGAAAGGUGGAGGUGGUUCCCCUGCCCCAGAGCACUCCCGGUGUGGGGAGCCUGGAGUGUUGGGCCCGCCUGCUCUCCGUUUGCAAUAGAUGUAAAUAUCACAGUAAACACGACGGAAGAGCCGAGA